GGGAUGACACUUCGCGAUUUGAAUAAAAUCGCGCCAAAUCGCGUCAAAUUCCUUCAUUCUUGUUCAUCGUACCUUCAUUGCGGUCGUUUUUCCCUCAUCGCGCCAAAUCGCGCCAGAUCGCGCUCAUCGUGCUCAUCGUGUUCAGAUUGUGCUCGAAUGAAAAUUUACAUUCAUGCAGUCAGAGUUGCCAUAAAAAAAUCGUUCUAGCAGUUUUCCAUGAAACUGGCCGCACUGUUGAAAUGUUUAUUUUUAUUGAUUCGAGCAGUCCGAAAAAGUAAAUAAACCGAAAUUCUUCGUUGUUUCGGGACGGAUUGCGGCAGCUGCUCUUGAAGAUUUUUUCGCGUUCGACAAGGUGUUCAGUUCGAGGUUCAACCGGAACUUUUUCACCUGGUAUGAGCUAGAUCCUGCACCCCGAGAGGUGGUGACACUUCGGUGUAACUGGUUUUUCCUAAGCUGCAAGGUCUCAUCUGCUGUGAAACCGGCGAAACCUGCCUGACGGCCUUCCACCUCGAGUGACUCCGCCGGAAGGUCGCUACAUCUGUGAAAAAUUCGAAUCCGGCCGAAUGAUUCUGUACGACGAAAUAGUCUGGGCCAAAUGUUCCGUGUUCAAGUUCUGACCCGCGCUCACGAUUCCCCCUCCAGCGGUCUCGGACGUGUUGUUCCGGCGGCAACACAAGCAAACGGACGUUUACGUGCGCUUCUUCGGCACGCACGACCUUGGCUGGAUCAAUCGGAGGCGAAUCUACCUCUAUCACGAGGUCGACGCGGACAGCGUGACGGAUAGAAAGCGGUCGGGCAUGAUGGAGCGAUACAACGAGGCUGCGCGUGGCACGGCAGGGUUUCAAGCAGCUGCAGGCAGAAAAAUCUUACGCCCAGGAAUCUGCCCCGGACGAUUUGAGCUUUAAACCGCCGAUGUACGUCAACAUCAAGUCCAGCGCGGCCAGAGACGAGGAGGACUCGAUCUGUGAGGGCAAAUUGUUGGACAAGGACCCGUGCGGGUUACACUCGAACUGCAUCAACCGGGCGCUGCUCUUGGAGUGCAAUUUGAAGACUUGUCCAGCAGGCGAAAUUCACCAGAACCAGUGUUUCAAACGGAAGUACAUAGUACAAACGGAUACCCAACAAGGGUUGGAACUGGUCGCUCAGGAAGAUGCACCAGGGUCUGUUUGUGGUAAAGUCCGAGAGGGGAUCAACAACGGGGAGUUAACGCGGCGGAUAAAACAAAAGCAGGAGCAACAGGGCAAAAAUUACUAUUUCAUGACGGUGGACUCGGAGUUGACGAUCGACGCGGAGCCCAAGGGCAACUUGGCCCGGUUCAUCAACCGCUCGUGCGAGCCUUGGUGCGAGCCCUACUGCGAGACGCUGCUUUGGAAGGUCGGCGGAAGCCAAUCCGUGGGGCUGUUUGCCCUCAGUCCUUGAGGCGGUAAGUUUUUCAAAAUCCCGCUUCAAACAUUUUCUAUAACUAACUCUUCUUACUCUUUACUCCGCCAAGGCUAAAAGCUCAUCUUAACUACAAUUUUGAGAACUUCGACGACCAGAAGAUCUGCCACUGUGGUGCGGACAAGUGUUCCAGGCUGAUCGUCAGCCAAGGGACGGAGAACCGGAUUGAGGAGGCUACAACGGUCUUGCGCGACUUGCAGGUGCAGAUUGCAACGUGGGUUACCUGCUCAAGUGCUCAAACGCCAACAGUGACCCACGUCAGCGGAAAAGUACCUUGCGGAUCCAUCGUGGAAAGAAUUCUACCUUGCCAAGGGUUGACCAUUAAACGUUCACGAAGAAACCAACCUAUGUUACUAAGUUGUGUGAACCGUAACAAAAGAAUAUAAAAAAAUGUAAAUGUUAUCGAAAUAAAUUUAAAACGCUGCGGCAGUUGCAGCCGCAAUCGGUGGAGCUACUCCGGUAGCCUCCUGAGCUUCGGUGGGAGAAUGUCCUUUUU